AUGCAAUCGGAGAUGGCGAAAGACGCGGCGGCUCCGGAGAAAUCCCCGAUGGAGCUACUUCAAGAGAGCAAAGCCUCCGUCGAGGCAAUCAUCGCGAGGAUGCUCUCAAUCAAAAAACAAGGAAACCCCAAAUCCGAGAAUCGCGAACUCCUCACUCAGAUGUUUCUCAACUUCAUCAACCUCCGUCAGGCGAAUCGUGCGAUUCUGACGGAAGAAGAGAAAGUGAAAUCCGAGACGGAGUUAGCAAAAUCCCCAAUGGAUUUCACGGCAUUGCAGCUUCACAAUCUCAUGUACGAGAAGAGCCAUUACCUCAAAGCCACAAAGACUUCCAGAGAAUUCAAAUCCAAGUACCCAAACAUCGAUCUCAUAUCCGAGCAAGCCUUCCUCAGAGACGCCCCUGAAGCAAUCAAAUCCCAAACGCUCUCAAACGAUGCUUCUCAUGAUCUGAUGCUCAAAAGACUCAACUUUGAGCUCCACCAGAGGAAAGAGCUAUGCAAGCUUCGAGCUAAGUUAGAACAACAAAAGAAGUUCUUGCUGGAAACUAACGCAGAGCGAAGCAAGUUUCUUUCAAGUCUUCCAUUACACCUAAAAUCUCUAAAGAAGGCGUCUUUGCCUGUACAUAGCCAGUUGAGUUUACCGAAUCCGAAGAAGAUAAAGUAUCAUAACCUAGCUGAGCUUCUUCCUCCGCCGCUUUACGUCAUCUACUCGCAGUUCAUGGCGCAGAAGGAAGCUUUUGAAGAGAACAUCGAUGUUGAAGUAUCUGGGAGUCUUAAAGAUGCUCAAACUUAUGCCAAGCAGCAAGCAGAACAAAGAUUGGAUGAUAAUGAUGAAGAUGAUGAUGAUGGGAAAAGGCAAAGGAAGCGAGCCAAGAAAGAGUGUUGUGAUGAGGCAGGACUAUAUAAAGUCCAUCCUCUCAAGAUUGUCCUUCAUGUUUAUGAUGAUGAUGAGAUCUCAGACCCGAAACCCUGUAAGCUUGUCGUGCUCAAGUUUGAGUACUUGUUGAAGUUGAAUGUGGUUUGUGUUGGCACUGAAGAGUCUGAGGAUGGCCCUGAGGGAAAUGUCUUAUGCAGCUUAUUUCCAGACGAUGCUGGUCUUGAGCCUCCUCAUCAGUCAGCGAAGCUCACUCUUGGCGAUAAUCAUGCAUUUGAUGAGAGUAGAACUUCAAGGCCGUAUAAGUGGGCACAAGAUUUGGCGGGGAUCGAGAUUUUACCUGAGAUGUCACGGUUUUUAAGCGGCAAGGAUACUCAGAAGAGUGAUACAGCUUCUGCGUCUGAUCAGCGGAAUGUGCAAACUGUUCUGCAACGUAUACGGUCUCAGAGAAAGAGUAAGCUAAAUCCUGUGUGA